GAAAAAGUUAAGUAACAAAGAAAGUGGCAUUCAAAAAUGAACGGUGUGCCAAACUUCCACCAUUGUUACACCUUCGUCUUACUCUUCUUCGUCUUAGUACUACUGUUCCCAGCUUUAUCUGUCUCUACAAACACUUUGUCGGCAAAAGAAUCUCUGACAAUCUCAAGCCACAAUACUAUUGUAUCUCCUUCUCAUAUCUUCGAACUCGGUUUCUUCAAGCUCCCGUCAAAUUCUGGAUGGUAUAUCGGCAUUUGGUACAAGGUAAUCUCAAAGAGAACCUACGUAUGGGUUGCAAACAGAGACAGCCCUCUCUCAAGUCCCAUGGGAACUCUCAAAAUCUCCGAUAAUAAUCUUGUCAUUUUCGACAUAUCCAAUACUACUACACCUGUCUCUGUUUGGUCGACGAAUCUGACCAGAGGAGAUGUUAAAUCUCCGGUUAUUGCAGAGCUUCUCGAUAACGGUAACUUGGUACUAAGAGACUCCAACAACAACAACAACAACAACAACAACCCAGAUGGAAUCUUGUGGCAGAGUUUCGAUUUUCCGACAGAUACUUUACUCCCCGAGAUGAAACUAGGUUGGGAUCGUAAAACAGGAUUCAACAGACUACUUAGAUCUUGGAGAAGUCCAGAUGAUCCAUCAAGUGGCGAUUACUCGUUUAAAAUGGAAACCAAAGGGUUCCCUCAGAUUUUUCUAUGGAAGAGCGACUCGAGGCGGGUGUAUCGAAGCCGUCCAUGGAACGGAGUCCGGUUUAGUGACGCACCGGAGAUGCAACCAUUUAACGACUUGGUUCUUAAUUUCAUAGUGAGUAACGAAGAGGUGACUUACUCAUUCCAAAUCACCAAAAACAACAUUUACUCGAUAUUUACCUUAAGCAGCAAGGGGUUAUUAGAACGAUUUACUUGGAAUGAGACAGAACAUAACUGGCACCAGUUUUGGCACGCACCAAAAGACCAAUGCGAUCAGUACAAAGUGUGUGGGAGUUACAGUUAUUGCGACUCGAAUAAAUCACCGGUUUGUCAAUGUAUCAAAGGGUUUGAGCCAGAACCAAUGUAUCCGGUGGUAUGGGGGUUAGGAAACAGGUCGGGUGGGUGCGCGAGGCAGACGCAGCUGAGCUGCGACGGACGAGAUGGGUUUGUGCAGUUGAAGAAUAUAAAAUUGCCGGAUUCAAUGGAGGCCAGUGUGGACAGAAGGAUUGGAGUUAAGGAAUGUGAAGACAGAUGCCUUAAAGAUUGUACUUGUACGGCGUUUGCCAAUAGGGACAUCCAUCGUGGUGGGUGGGGUUGCAUGAUUUGGACCGGUGAGCUUGUGGAUAUCCGGAGUUACACCAAGACAACAAGUCAGGAUCUUUACGUGAGAGUCGUCAGACAGGCAGCUGCUGAUCAAGAUGACAAGAGUAAGAAGAGUGCAAAAGUUAUAGGUUCGAGUAUUGGAGUCAGCGUUUUGCUUGUUUUAAGUUUCAUUAUCUAUGGCUUUCGUAAAUGGAAGCAGAAGCGACCAUCUAUCUUGAUUGUUUUUGGUGUAUCUGAUCAAGCGGGAAGCCAAGAUUUGCCGAUGAAGGAAGCUGUACUAUCAAGUAUGGGACACAUAUCUAGAGAAAAUAAAACAGAGGACCUCGAAUUGCCGUUGAUGGAGUUUGAUGCUGUUGCCAUUGCCACUGACAAUUUUUCUGAUGCCAACAAGCUCGGUCAAGGUGGUUUCGGUAUAGUUUACAAGGGCAGGUUACUUGAGGGCAAAGAAAUUGCAGUGAAGAGACUGUCAAAAACGUCAGUUCAAGGGAACGAUGAGUUCAUGAACGAGGUGAAACUGAUUGCAAGGCUUCAGCACGUAAACCUUGUUCGUCUUCUUGGAUGUUGCGUUGAUAAGGAUGAGAAGAUGUUGAUCUAUGAGUACUUGGAGAAUCUAAGCUUUGAUUCUCAUCUCUUUGACAAAACCAGGCGCUCUAACUUAGACUGGAAAAAGAGAUUUGACAUUGUUAAUGGUAUUGCUAGAGGACUUCUCUAUCUUCAUCAAGAUUCACGGUUAAGGGUUAUCCAUAGAGACUUGAAAGCAAGUAACGUCUUGCUUGAUAAAGAUAUGACUCCAAAAAUCUCAGAUUUUGGGAUGGCCAGGAUCUUUGGACGGGAUGAGACAGAAGCUAACACGAGGAAGGUGGUCGGAACUUAUGGCUACAUGUCUCCAGAAUAUGCAAUGUACGGGAAGUUCUCAAUGAAGUCAGAUGUUUUCAGCUUUGGGGUCUUACUUCUUGAGAUUAUAAGUGGCAAGAGGAACAAUUCAUUCUACGACUCGGAUCGUGACCUUAAUCUUCUCAGUUUUGUGUGGAGAUAUUGGAAGGAAGGAAAAGGCCUAGAGAUCGUAGAUCCGGUAAUUGUAGAUUGGUCAUCAUCAACUUUCCGGCCGCAUGAAAUCUUAAGAUGCAUACAAAUCGGUCUCUUGUGUGUUCAAGAACGUGCGGACGACAGACCAAUGAUGUCGUCGGUUGUUUUGAUGUUUGGAAGCGAAACAACGGCUAUUCCUCAGCCUAAAACCCCUGGUUUUUGCGCAGGGAAAAGUCCCUCUGAUAGUAAACAGCGUGAAUAUAGAUCCUGGACAGUGAACCAAAUCACUCUCUCGAUCCUUGAUGCUCGGUAAUUUCAAAGUUUUCUAGCCGAUCUGUUAACACGCAAGUCUCUGUUAAGUCCCAGUGGCUAAGUUACAACUUCAACUAUUGUAUCAUUAUCACUGCCAAUGCUUUUGGUAUGAACGUUCACGUAAAGCACAAAAAAAAGAAUAAAAGCUUAUUCUAGUCUUAAUAUCUUUUAGAGAUUAAGAUUAAUAUUUU